AUGCAGCUGACCUAUUCAGCUACUGUUAUCUGGUCCUCGCCAUUGGAGAAUCAGUACAUGCAAAUUCAGCAAUGGGCUGUCAGUCGUAAGUUGAUGACAGAGGAUGGCAAACUAACACCCAUUGCCACCAUCACCACCACUGUGAGGCGCAUUGUCUGCUCUCACAACUUGAUUGUCUACUCUGAUUCGGUUGACACACGCGCCAGCCAGGUGAUGGCGUUUCCCUACAACCUUACAAAUUGGCGUAAUCACCUGAAUGAGGAGAACGUAACGCUCAAGUGUGGGUUGGCCUCGGUGACCGUGUAA